AUGCUCUGUGAGGGACAGUGGCAGUUGCUGCUAAUAACAGGGACACAAGAAAACGAUGACAUUUGCAUGAAGUUCCACAAAUUCGGAAGGUCUUACAUUGCGGCUUCCUAUGUGAAGUUCUUGGAAUCUGCUGGUGCCCGAGUUGUGCCGAUAAGAUUAAAUCUUUCAGAUGAAGAAUAUGAUAAAAUAUUCCACUCUAUUAAUGGGGUACUUUUUCCAGGAGGUGGCGUGGAUCUGACGACUUCGGAAUAUUCCAGGAUUGCUAAGAUAUUUUACCACAAGGCAUUAGAGGCUAACGAUAAAGGAGAUUAUUUCCCAGUGUGGGGAACAUGUCUUGGACAUGAAGAGCUUACCUACCUCACAAGUGGCGAAGUUUUACUUGUUAAUACGAAGACAGAUGGUUUUGCGCUUCCUCUGAACUUUACCUCAGCUGCAAAAAACAGUAGACUGUUCAAGAAUUUCCCUGAUGAUUUAUUACAUGCAUUUGCUACUGAGCCGUUGACAUCCAACUUUCAUAUGUGGAGCCUCUCCAUGGAGAAUUUCACAAAGAAUGAAAAGCUUCAUAAUUUCUAUAAUGUUCUGACCACUAACACCGAUGAUCAAGUGGAGUUCAUAUCUACCAUGGAAGCGUACAAAUAUCCAAUUUAUGGUGUCCAGUGGCAUCCAGAGAAAAAUCCUUUUGAGUGGAAGAAUUCGCCAGGAAUUCCACAUUCCCCGUCAGCUGUAAGAGCAGCAUAUUACAUAGCUGACUUCUUCAUUAACGAAGCCCGAAAGAGCCUGCACCAUUUCCCCAGUGAAGAUGAGGAAACAAAAGAAUUGAUUUAUAAUUAUACUCCAGUAUAUACAGGAACAUUUUCUUCAUUUCAGCAAAUCUACUUUUUUGACUGAGUACCGUGUCAAAGGUGCAGUGUUGCUAUUUGUAAAUGGAAUUAUUUACCAGCAUUGUGUAAUUAAGCUGAUAUAGUGCACUGCACGUGAAAGCCAGAACAGUUCUUUUCCUUUACAAGGAUUUAUCCUGUGUUUCUUCUGCACUGUUGGACCAUUAAUAUUAAAAUUUACAUUC